AUGCUCAUUUCAUCAGAUCCACAGCGUUAUAAAUUUCCUGUUACACCAUUGCAAAUCCUUACCAUCGUUUCCGAUGACAGACCGAAUGAUAUUGACAUAUCUAUUACUGAUCAAAAAGAGACAUUCUUCUGCUGUUUUAUACAACAAGUCGUUAAAUGGUUAGAAUGGUUUGACAAAUUUAUUGACAUUUUUCAGCAUGUCAUUGAAUGGCUUAGAGUACGCAAACUACAGAGAGCUGAGCAAUUGCUUAGUGAUAUACAUACAAUAAAAGAUGAUUCAAUGACCAACGUCAUUAAAGCGAAAACAGUCAUUCAAGAUAUUAUCGAUUUACUAAAACCUUUCAAGAAUCUUCACCGGCUUUGUUAUCUGCUAAAUUGUAUGAAUUCAUUUGAAAAUAGUUAUCCUGGAACUUUAACCAGUCAUGACCAAUGGAAAUCUCAUAUUGAAGAACUAAAACGAGUCCAUUCGAAUAAUACAUUCACAGUCGCGGCUAAUGCUAAAUAUGAACAUCCACACUCGAUCGGUGCUCGUCGAGUUGUUCACUGGUCACUUGCUUGUGAAAGACUUGAAUGCAACAUUAGUAUAGAAUAUCGAAUUAAUACACCUCGCACCAAGAGUUACAAUUGUUUUUCUAGGCAAAAAGUUCCUCUUGAUAAGAAAGUUUUAAAAGGUGAAUUUAAAACACAACGAAGUGGCAAUUUGGUAAUCACUAUUGAUAAUCAAACUGGAGGUGCUCCACGGACGAUUUGGUAUCAAAUAAAAACAAUGCAUUUUUCAACAUGCCAUCUGUUUGAUGGUUUUUUCUCUAUGCUUCGCCAACAGUAUUUCCAACAAUCAAAUGAAAAUAUUCAAGUCACUGAUUUAAGUGAUCUAAUUGAUAGAGCGUUCGAGUUUAUUGAUAGUCUUUUAAAUGGGGACAUCACUUUAGAAGACAUGGAAUAUCUUAAGACAGUUUUUCAUGAUAAAAAUAUAGAUGUUAAAGAAGAAGUCAAGAUAUUAUUUUCUAAUCGUUUAAUCGCAAACAAUAAUUGUCAAACAACGCUAACGACAGCAACAAACAUCACAUCACAAGGUCAAAAUGAACAAGAUAUUGAGCAAGUUUGCGAAUGGUUACGAACUUAUCAAUACUAUAGUCAUCUUAGUAUUAUAGCCGAUUGUGUACAAAAGUUUGAUAUUAUUUUAAAUAUUGAUCAAAACGAUGAAUCAAUUGAAAAGUUACAAGAAAUGAUUAAAAACGACAGCUGUUCUCUUAAAAAGAUCUCAGAAACAUAUAAAGAUCUUUAUGAACGUUUUGGAAAGUUAACGAAUCAUCAUUUGCAAUUGAUUAAAACGAUUACUGAAUGUUUUCAUGUCGUUCAAAUAUUGAAAAAAUUUGAUUUAUAUUCAACUGAAGGAUUACGGCGAUUUCUAGAAUUGCGCGAUAAUUUAACAACACAAUUUCAAUUACAAGAACGCAACAAUAUGAUUCUUAAUUCAUUGAUUAUUAGUUAUGCUUUAUGUGAACCCUUUGUUCAUCAAGUAGAGAAUUUAGAAGGAUUCGUAGAUAAUGUUGCGAAGUUAUCCAAUAUUGAUGAGAGUUCAUUGGAACAUAUUAAAGUUGUCAAUGAUAAUAUAAAAACUGUAAACAUGUGGUUAUCAGCAGAAGCAACAACAAUCUUGGAUAAUGCUCUCAUUACUAUGGAACAUUUAUACAAAACCGGUACAGUACAAAUUCACUUAAGAAAUCUAAUGAGCGAGAAAUCGUAUUUUGAAAUCGCAUAUUCAAUUGACACGUUAACAACAGAAUUCAGCAGAUCAAAUGAAUUCGAUUGCGACGAAAAAGAUAAAAACAUACAGAAGCAAGAGACAAUAAAAUUCGCAUUGUCAAUGGAUGAUAUUGAUGAUCAUAAACGUCAAUUAACAUUUUGUAAUGUUGAUCUAAAGCAAUAUAUGAUUGACAAAAAGAUUCUAUUAGAAGAACAAUUAAAACUAUUGGAUACAAUUGAAAAAAUUUAUUUCAUACUUUUAAAACUUGAAAAAGCUGGUCAUCCAAAUUUCCAAUUGAAAGAAUACAGCUAUGAUGUUUAUGACCGACCAGGUACAGUGAGCAAAAUAUUAUCCGAUCUGAAAAAUAAUGAAGAAGGUAGCGAACAAAAACUUAAACAAGAGAUUAGAGACCGAACGAAAUAUUUUCAAGCGAAAUUUACAAAAUUCGAAGCUGAUUACGACAUAUGGAUAAGAGAUCUAGAAAAAUUACGAUGUCGAAGUCCACUGUUACAAUUAUUUUCAAAUCAUCAAGUUAUGAUUAUGUUCAUUUUAUUGACAACUUCAGCAACAGAAAAUCAAGUUCAACAAAAAUUCUUAAAGAAAUUAUUUUCCUUGGACGAUCUUAGCAAAAAACAAGAGGAAAACUUUAAGUUAACUGUUCUCUGUUUAAUUCAUUAUUUGCAAUCAUUGAGAAUCAAAGAUUGUAAUUUAUCUAAUCCUAAUGUAAUCAAUCUUUAUAACAAAUAUAAAAUAGAAUACAAUCAUUCGAAAAAUGAAGAUCUACAAUCAGAAAACUUACAAAAAUUGUCUUCGUUUUUGGAAGAUUUUUUCAAUAAAGGAAAAGAAUUACUAGCAGAAAGUCCAGCAAACACUGAAAAUCAGCAAUAUCUCGUCACAUUAAAUUCUCCGGAACAAACAUCAGAUAAAGUUGACAUUCAGAAUGACUUUGACCUGGACACAUAUUAUAUUCUUUUAAAUAUUUUCAACGAUCGAUUGCCAGCUGAUUAUCAAUUACUACGGUGUUCUGUCGCAACAGAUGACGAUAUUCGCUUAUUUUUUUCACGUGUUCGAACUUUUCCACGUUUGACAUUUGCCGUCAUAGAUAUUGACAAACUGCAUCACCGACUUCGCGAGUUGGUGUUAAAUGAACAAGAUUCAUUAGCAAAACAAUCUGAGCGACACGGAACAAUUUAUUAUUUUUCAAGACAAUUAAUAUCGUUCAGAAAAGGUGUUCGACCAUUUUACAUACGACCGCAACAUCGAAAUUCUUCUCAUGCUUACUCACAAUUUACGACGUUACUAAGAAACAAUAAUUUGCCAUCGCCCCAAAUUCAAAUCAUAUGUGGAAAAGCUGGAAUUGGAAAAACUCAUCGCAUCAAAACAGCCUGCAACGAUCAUAAUACGUCAUGUGUAAGCAUUAAUGACAAAUUAAAUUUGUCAUCGUUGAUCAGUACACUGCUGUCAUUAGAAUCAAAAACGUCAAGUAAUCAACUAUCCAUCUAUUUUAAUAUUUCUAUUCAUGCAAAUUUUAAACAAUUGAAUCAUGCAUUUUUUUCUCUAUUUGUAUGCAAUUCAUUAAAUGAUCUUACUAGCGGUCUUACAUUUUCACCGUCCAAAGAAAAAUCAUGGAAAUUUAUUGUUGAAGUUCCCUAUGCCGAUAAAUACAGCACAACCAUUAAGACGAAUUUCGAUAGAAUAUUACCAAUACUCUCUAUUAUAUCGUCAAAUAAUUUCGAAGAAGUUACAGAUGAAAAUUACCAACUGUUCAUUGGCGAUGAAGAAAAACUUAUGGCAAAAUUUCUCAAAGCUUAUGAAGAUCAAACGAUUGAUCAAUUUUUAACACAAGAUCCGUUUGGCAAUGAGAAACCUGUGCAUUUCGAUCCAUUAACAGAUCAUAAUGAAUGUCGUUCUUACAUUUCCAACUGUAUUAAAAAAUACGCACCGGAGUUGCCAAGAAAUAAAAUCUUCGAACUCUCAUUUACUAAAUUUUUAUAUCGCCGGAUUCGAUUCUUUACCGGAUUUCACUUUUGUCUCAAUAUGACUACUGAACAUCUCGGCUCAACUGCUAUGAAGCAAAUGAUAUACGAGGCAAAACAUCUAACUCAAAUAAGUUUUCUUUCAAGCGAUUACCCUCGUAUUUAUCUUGUCUACGAUCCAGCAUUUUCACUACACAUAUUACACAAUGGCUGGAAUGCAGUUCCUUUAACAUUACAAGCUCUUUUCAGACAUGUCGAUCCACAAAAAAGACCAGAAUAUGGAGAUAAAAAUUAUUUUAUAACAUGUUUAUCCUGGCUAAUGGACAUUCCCUAUACUCUAUUCGAACGCAUAAUGAUUGACGCAAAUUUUAUUUUGACAGAAAAUUUUACGUAUAAACUUUUUCAUGUCCAUGAAAGAAAAUUAACAAAAUUAGCUCUUAUUAUUGAAGGUGAAACAGGUGUUGGGAAAACAUUUCUUCUCAAGUUCUAUUCAUUGCUACUCAAUGCCAACGUAGCUAAUAGUAAAUUAGAAGAUAAUCCUGCACCGAAAAUCCUUGAACGUACAAGUCGGUGGUUAUUAACACAUAUUAUUAGAGAAAUACGACAAAGUGAACCAAAUUUAUUAAAUCUAUUCCUUCAAGAAAUACAACCGGAGCUACUUGGUUUUGAAAACACCGGCGAAGAUGAUCCUACGAAUCAUCGAUUAUUAUCGGGAAUAGAAAAAUCCUUACUAAUCUCAGAUUAUAAGCAUGGUAUUUUACAAUAUAUAUGGGCAACAUUCAUUGGCAUCGCGCAUGAAAAUGCAAAUGAUGUUGCAAAAAAACUCCUGGUGGAAUUGCACGAAUUCGUAAUAUCAUUUUUAAGCGAGUAUCCAUUAAUUCAGCCUAGUCCCCAAUUACUUAAUUUACUAGAAAAAUCAUUUCUACCAACAACUGAAACAUCGAUUGAAAUUUUCAAUGAAUUUCUAACUCAGACGAGUAUUAAACCAUUAUUUUAUCGUCUUCUCUUACACCCUGGUAUAACGGAAGAACAAAUCAAAGAUUUUAUGCUUCCUAUUUCUCAAUUAGCUGAACAGAUGCCUAAAAUUGAAUUGGUCGUUUUUUUCGAUGAAGUUAAUACGUCUUCUUGUCUUGGCCUAUUUAAAGAAAUGUUCAUGGAUGGAACAUUACAUGGAAUUAAUUUACCGAAAAAUAUCUUCUUUACUGCAGCGAUUAACCCAUCAAUAAAUCCUAAUGGUGUUGCUCAAAAUCAGGCUAAAGAUGGUUUUCAAGUUCAUCGUCUUGAUUAUAUCGUUCAUGAACUACCACAAUCACUAGAUAGUCUCAAAGUUUCUUAUGGAAUAUUGGAUUCGAAUACAUUAAAAGAUUAUGUCAAACAAAAAAUAGCAAAAUUCACUGUUGCCUCAACAGGCGACUCCACUAAGAAAUUACCAUUGAUAAAAUAUGUACAAGAAAAGUUUACUCAAUGUAUUCUCGAAGCACACAGAUUUUGUGAACAACGUCUCGGACGAAAUUCUGUAUCACAAAGAGAAAUCCAAAGAUGUUUCAAUCUAAUUGACUUCUUUUGGAGCAAGAAGAAUGAAAACAAUAAUGAUGACCCGGAUCCCAUACCAUGUAUUGUUUUAGCAUUAGCGUUACUUUAUUAUUUUCGACUUCCAACAACCGAAGACAAUGAACAACGAAACGAUCGUAGUACACCAUCACGUGAAGAAUUCGGUGAUGUUCUUUCUAAAUACAUACCGGGCUUUGUUGAAAUUAUUCAAAACGAACUUGAACAGUUCGUGAAUACUGAUCAUUUUGUUAUUCCACAUGGAGUAGCUGUUAAUCAAGCCAUUCGCGAACAUAUUUUUUCAAUUGUCAUUAGUAUCGUUACUCAAAUACCAUUAUGCAUAAUCGGUGCACCAGGCAAGUGUUUUCCAAAGAAUAUUUCUAGAUUCGAUGAACAAAAACAUUCACUUCUAGGUCAAUCGAAAACACUUUCAUUUCAAAUCGUUUUACAAAACCUACAAGGUUCACAAUUAUCAGCAAAAGAAUUUUGUAAACAUUUACCAGCCAUCGAUCCAUUCUUUUGCCUUGGGUCGAAAUAUAGCCGAUCUGAAGACAUUGCAGCUAUAUUUGAACGAGCUAUCAAACGUGAACAACAAUACAAGCAAAAUCGGAUUGACACAAGAUGUGUUGUUUUCUUGGACGAAGCCUCGCUGCCCGACGAGAAAAAAAUGGUAUUAAAAGUGUUACAUCCUUAUUUGGAUGAAUGUAAAGUAGCUUUUGUAGCCAUAGCUAAUAAAUCAUUUGAUGCUGCUAAUGCCAAUCGAAUGCUUUGCAUAUAUCGAUCUUUACCAUCGCAAGAUGAUCAAAAAACAUUGGCAUACGGUUGCCUUGGUUUGCCAACCGGACAUGAACAACAAAAUGUUAACAGAAAUCUCGAUAAGAUAAUAUAUGGCCUGUGCAAAGGUUAUCGCCGAGUACUUUCUAGUGAAGGAAUUCCGAAAAUUUUUCAUGAUCGAGAUUUUAUCUACAUGUUAAGAGAACUACGCUUUGAAUUACCAACAACAAUAACAAACGAUGAAGAGACGAGUAUUGGCAUUAUAAAACCGAUUAGUUUACUGCGUGCUCUUGAAGAAAAUUUUAAUGGAAUAAAACGAAACGAAUUUAAAGAAUUAGUGGAGAUCUUUUUUAAAGCUGUUCAAGAAGAAUCUGCUAAUUUUUCUUUGCCAAUUGAAGCACGACAACGAAACAUUUAUCGUGAUAUUCCUACUACUUUGCGAGAUUCGAUGAAACUCGAUUCGAAACGCCGUCGUUUGUAUGGUCGUUAUAAAUUAGUUAUUGAUGAAUCGGAAGACGAAAGUGCUAUAAAUCUUUUACUACAAACAGGCAUUCUAGAUUCCGAUCCUACACGAACAUCGAUCUUUCGAAUGUCCGAUUUUCCGGAUGAUAUUAAUAAUGAAUUACGAAAUGUGGAAGUAUUGUCCACGAUCAAACUAUGCAUGGAAACAGGAAGAACAAUUGUUAUGAUAAAUACAAGUCGAAUUCAUGGUUCGCUCUAUGAUGUUUUCAAUCAAAAUUUUUCAAUAAUGGCCACAGGUGAUACGAGAAAGAUCUUUUCAAAGGUUGCAAUUGGACCGAAAACAAUUGAUGUUGCUGUCCAUGAAGAUUUUCAAUGUAUUAUUCAUGUUAAACGAAGUGAAUUCGAAAGUAUUCCAGCCCCUUUUCUGAGUCGUUUUCAAAAAUAUUCGUUGAGUAUCAAUGAUUUCUAUCGUAUUCGUUUACAUAAACUGCCUGGCAACGAACAGGUUAUUAUGAAAAACGUCGAAGAGAAAGUUUCAUCAUUUAUUGAACAUUUCGGGCGAAAUUAUUUUUAUGGUCUCAAUGAAAGUACUCUUUAUUCAUGUCUUCUAUCAUUAAUUAAGAUCCAUGAGAAUGAAGAGCAUUCUUUAUUGAAUAUACACCAACAUUAUACACAAUUGACCGUUAGACUGAAAUCGUUUAUUGAACAAAAUCCUACUAAUACUGAACAGUGUCUUGUGAGAUUCGUAUUAUCGAAAUUAGUUCAGCUUGUUUCGCCUGAAUCAAUCAUACUGAAAUUGCCAACAUUUGAAGAGAAAGUGAAACAAUGGUUAUGUAAUUUAUAUUUUCAACACCAAGAGCACUUUAAUUUUGGAAAUUUCAUUGAACAAUUAGUUUCAAAACAAUUUCUCAAUAUUGACAACGACUUACAUCCAUCAUCGGAACAUCAAAUGGUACAAAAUUCCCUUCAUACAACAACAACAACAACAACAAAAGUGAUCAUAUUCACACGAACAUCAUCCUACGUAAUUGGCCUGAACGAAAAAUCAAAAAAUGAAUUAUUUACUACUAAUAAUAAUGACGAUGAAACUUCUAAUUAUAGUAGACAAAUCGACAUUAUAAAUUUGAACACAAUUGAAAAUUCAGUUGAAUUAUAUCAUAGAUUCAACACCUAUGCCGACGAUACUGAUAAAAAUGUUUUAAUGGUCAUUAUCGAUGGUCGAAACGGACAACAACGUUCACAUAUUCCUUUUGUUCGACAACUCAUUGAUAAAACAGAAUCUUCUUACAAUACGAAUCAUUGUUCAGAACCGAAAUAUUUUCUUGUGCUGGUCCAUUCAUCAACUCAAGAUUUAUAUCAUCAAUCAUGUUUUCCAUCGAUAUUUUUGCACAAUUGGGAAUUUUAUUUCUUCGAUACUUGUACACCAGGUAGUGCAUUUCAUCUUCAAAAAAUGUUACGAAUUAUUUUAUCAUCAUCUCUUGAUGAUCAACAAUCGCCGAAUGUUGACAAUGUUCUUUGCGAUUUGAAUAUUCUCUUUGAAGAUUCUCUAUGGGAUUUUUGUUCUCGAAUUCAGCUUCUUCUCCCUGAACUAUCAGAAAACAUGUUUAAAAAUGCGAAAGCCCAUGAAUUUUAUAAACGUCAAACGAAUACGCUGCGUCGCGUCAAAUGUCUUAAACAUAUUCUUCAACAAUCGAGACAAUUGCAAAAACAUAUUCUUGAUAUUUAUCAUAAAUAUUUGUUAAGAAAAGAAAAUUCUUCGAAAAAGAUCUAUAAUUUAAUUCAGAAAAUCUCAAAAGAUAUUUUAUGUGGUCAACGUUUCGAUGGUCUCAUUGAUUCAAUUCAAUCUCAAACACGAAAUUCAUUUACAAAUUUUGUUUCAAACAUUUUCAAAUUUAUUGUCAACGAUUACGGAUUAGAAACAAUACCUAAAUUAUCAGCUAAUAAUAAAAUCUACGAUUCAUUAUUAAAUUUAAUUGAUUAUCAAUCAUUUUCUGCCGACAAUGAGAACGAUAUAUUUUCUUCGUCAACAACGCGGGGAAUAUUUCAACUUAGUAGUCAUUAUUCGUGUAUACCGCAAACACCAUUGUAUCAUCUACUUCAUCAACGCGUUAAAAAACAUGUAGACAAUAUCAAAGAAACAAUAGCUCAUGAAUUAGUAAAACAUCAAGAUAAUGAAGAUGAUCUACGUCGUGAUUAUUAUGAUGCUCCACCACAGGUAACGACUGCGAAUUAUAACAAUGCAAAUGAGACUGAAAUUGCUCAGUAUACAUUUGAACAAUAUCGAAUUAAAUUAAUUGUUUCUAUCUUGAAUGAUAACGUGUUAACUGGCGCAAUCUGUCAACAUAUUGUUCAUUCCUAUUCCACUGAUCUUAUUCGAACAUUUUGUAGCAUAGCCGAAAAUAACUUUGAUUAUGAUCUUGCUCAGUGCCAACAAGCAGUUGACUUUGUUUCGCGUUGGCUGUUACUAAUCGAUGAUAACGAUCGUCAAUCAUUAGAAAGUUAUCUUAAUAAAGACGUUUGGCAUCUUGCCAACGUUUGCACAUCCUUUGAAUACGAACAGCACGAUCUUAUUUCGAUGUAUUCAGCAUUUCGAAUUAUCAAUCUUAUCAGUCCUGCAGAUUCUUCGUAUGAUCAUUUAUUUGACGAAGAAAAUAUUACACGAUCUAAGUUACGCGAAAAAUUUUUCUAUUCAAUUUUCAAUUAUUUAUGGGAAAAUCUUAAUCGAUUAAAUACAAAUGAUGAAACAUGGAUUUAUGCUUAUACAUUUAUUUCCAAAUAUUAUCCAUCGGAGAAAGUUCUACGCGGUUUACAAUUAUCUGAAAUAAAAAAUCGAAUUGAAUUUAUGAAUUUGGCUUAUUUAAUAUUUUUAAACGAUACACUAGUUAAACCACAUGAAUUAAUAUCGAUUUUACUCAAGGAAAUAAACUUUAAUUGGUCAUCGGUUUGUUUAAAAUUACUACCGACUAUUACAGAUAUCAUUGGUCGAUAUUUGGAAACCAAAAAUAUCGCUAAUUCAACAUUAUUCAUUGAUCUUCAACAAUGGACAUUAACAAUCUUAAAAUCAACAAAACAACCUUCUCAACAGGAUGUUUAUUUCCUAUUCAAAUAUAUAGAUCAAUCAACUUGUCGAUUGUCUUUACAAAUGAAGCAAUAUCUAUUCGACGAAUUAAUUAACAUAUGUCUUCAGCUUGAAGAUCGAAGGAAGAAAUGUUUCGAUCUAUGGGAUCGAUUUAAAAUCAUUCCGCAUCUACUUGAAUGUGUAUCAAAUGUUGAUCAUGCUGAAAAUUAUAAAAUACCUUUUCAUCCGUCAAUAAUUUCUGAUGACGAUGCUGAGAUGCAAGCAAGGCCGAUUUUAUUUGAUUUAUAUUUCUUUAAUCUAAAACGUCAAAUGACGAAUGAAAACAUCACAGCAAGUCUUGCCAAUAAGGGAAUGCUAUUGAAGUUGCCAACAAUUAAAAACACACGUUCAAUGCCUAUAGGAGAAAAUCUUUUCAAGCAAUCAAGAGAUUAUCUUCGAGUUAGAAUGAUUGCUUUGCUAUUAUGUGAGAAUAAAUUGAACUAUGGCGAGAUGAAUGAUGUCAAUAGUAUCAUGUCAGCAAUCAUAGAUGAAUUUUUAUUCAUUGACGAACAGCCGACACAGUUUAAUGAUCAUCUUCAACUGUUUCUAUCGACAAUCAUAGAGAAACGAUCAUGGAAUUUUCUUUUAAAUUUAUUAAGAUCUGAAAGUAUUCAACAUUUGAAUAGCCGAUGGGCGACAAUUUUAUAUGAUUUACUUGAGCUGAAACAAACACAGAAACAAAAUAAAUAUUUACAAUAUUGCCAUCAGAUACAAUUUACGUUAUCUUCAAAAAAUGAUUCAUCCAUAUUUCCAAGACUUCAUGUGCCCUAUGAAGAGCUGAGAAAAAUUAUUGAUAUUUGUCUUGAAAGUGAGACUGAAGACAAUCAAUGGGACAUUUUAUCAGAGUGGAUUCAAUCAAAACUUGAUUCGGAUUCAGUUCCUUUAGAAUUAAAAGAAAUCAAGGUGAUGUUAUUAUUAGUGAUUUACUACGAAUAUUAUUGUUAUAAUCAAUUAUCGAUCAUAGAUUCUUUGUUAGAUUUAAUUGAAAACACUUUAAAAUUAUCAUCUGUCGAAUUACGAUUAUUUCGUGUUUUUAUAAGACCCGAGCAAUUUAUGAUUGGAUACGCAAGCGAUAAUGAUGAUAAAAAUUUCCUCAAUGAUUUAUUCAAACUUGAUUCUAAUGACGAAUUCGAAUUAAGUUUACGCCACAUGCUUGUGAAUCUUGUGGCCAUGGUUUUACUAGGUGGCAAAGAAUCGUUUCUUUGGACAUUUAUGUUUCAACCGUUGACAUUACAAAAUACAUUUGGAUUUGGGUCAACUACACGGCAUAUAAUUCAAGCAAACAGUGUUCACUAUGAUUGUGGCUGUAUUAUUUCACAAAAUGGUGACUUAUUACAAUUCUCACAGAGAGGAGACACCAGCGGAUUGAAUGUACCAGCCGUUUAUGUUGCCUUUUUUUCGACAUUUGGUGCAUUGGCGUGGCAUCUUUUAUUAUUUGAUGAAUCUGUUCAAAAUUUGCACGGACCAAUUCUUGCACCAGGAGCUAUUGCUACUGACGAACCAGCCCAUCGGCUUGCCGGUCGAAGUAUUCGCGCGAAAGUUUGCCAUUUUGUCUGCAGUAGAUUAUUAUCAACAUUUCACUUUUUGUCCAUUCAAUUGAAUCAAAAUGAUGCUUGUAUUCUUCUAACUCGUUGUUUUGAACGUAUGGCACAUCUUUCGACGCAUAAAAAUUCAUGGAUUAAGUCUGUAUACAGAACUAAUGAUGCUGAAAUUAAAGCUGAACAAGAAUAUAAAGAUCAAGUAUUUUAUUUUGUUUAUAAUAAUCUAGUUGAAUAUAAAUGGCACGUCAAUGAAUUAAAUCUACAAUCACAAAUUCAAAGGAAUCUACAAAAUUUUACUGAUCAUAUGCCUAUUGUUCUUCAGUUUACACAUUUUAAAACAGAAUUAAAUCGUCUAACAGAUUCAAAAGUAUCACUUAAAAUUUUACAAAAUACUCUCAGUUCUUUACCGUUUUUAAAAAUAACAACAUUAAUAUACGAUCUUAGUCAAUUCUAUCGUCUGUUGCAUCAAACAUAUGCAAAAUUAAUUGAACGAAAUGAAUUUUUAACAAUAACGUUACAACAAUUGUAUGAUCGAGGUCAAAUAUAUUACAAUAGUUCUUAUCAGCAGCAAGAUCAAAAUGAGGAUAAAACACACCGGUCUAUUAUUGAAAAUGGAAUUAAAGCUGUUAACGAGUAUCAUCAGUUUUCUGAUGGUUUUAUUCGACCGGGUGCUUGUGAUGAAACACAACGUUUUUCAAUCAUCGGAUGGCAAACGCCGGUGAAUUAUUUAAUUACCAAUGAAAAUCAUGACGAAGGAGAUAUUGUUAUGCGUAUACUCAGUGUCCUAGUUGAUUAUCACAACAAUUUAUUAGAAUUGAUAGAGAACGAAUUGGAUAAAAAUCAGAAUGCUAUUGUGGGCCCUUUGAAAACUUUGAUCAAGAAAUUAACAUCAAAAAGUGUUUCGAUUUUGCAAGUUGCAAAUGAUCGUACUGGUGUUAUUAAUUUGAACGAUGAAGAUUGUCUAUGGAUCGAACAGUUGUCCCAAGCAAGUGUUAUUAGUAAUGAAAAACAAUACUUUAUUACAGCAGAGUCUCGAUUAUCGUUCGAUUUUGUCUAUGUUCAAUCGCAGAUUAUUCGAACAUAUCUUCUGUAUUGUCGCAUUAACUAUAGUCAUAUUAUUCAAAAAUAUCAAUUUCUGACAAACAGAAUAAAAACAACAACAACAGAUAAUGAAAGUUUAGAUCUCGAAGAAAAAUAUUUAGUUCGAUUAAGUGAUGAACAACUCGAAAAUGAAUGGAGCUAUUUGAAAGAUAUUCUAUUACAUAAACUUUAUCACGCCCAUAAACUUCUAAGACAGAUAGCAUUGACAUUGAAAACUCAUCAGAACGAUUUCUCAUUGAGUUAUCUUGUUGAAUUUGUUCGAACGACUGAUAAAGAUAAUGAUCUUCUUCAACAAUUAGAACAACUUGAAAUCAGAGAUUUUCAAUUACGUUAUAUUGAUCAUGUUAUCGAAAUUUAUGGAGGAUCUAUUAGUGGAUUUCAGCAUUUGUUCACCGAUAUACCACCUUUACUUCGAGUUCGAAUUGAUCCUCAAUUAAAUGACGAACUUAUUCAACAAUUAAAUAGCAACAUUCUUGGCAUCGAUUAUAACAAUGAUCUAGAAAAAAUUCAGAUGCAAAUUCAAACAAUCACAGAAUUUCUCAGUGAAUUGAAAACAAUUGAAGAUACUCUUCAACAACAAUCUACUCAACCAUUGGUUCAAACGUGUGGAUAUCUAGAAAUUGCUAAUCCAAUACUUUCAUGGAUACCGGAUAAAAUAAAAUGUGAAAAUUAUGUUGAACUUUACAUUCAUUUGAUACGCGCGAGAUCAAAACUGCAAGAACAAAAGUUAAAUAUCGAAGAACAAAAAAUGAAAUUAUGGGAAGAAAAUUCUAAUUUCGAAGAUCAACAAGGAAUUCGCUUGCAUCAACAAUAUAUAAAUCCACAAUAUGAUAGACAAAUAUCCAACGAUCUUGAAAAUGAAGAUAUUCAAUCUACACCUUUGAUGACAAUACAUUUAACAGCAGUACCAUGUUUGUCAUCAAUAUUUUCUCAGCAAAUACAUAAAUAUCGAGAAGAAUCAGUGGCGCUGGAACCAGCCAUUGUAGCUAAACCACAAAAAUAUUUUAUUACGCAUCCAAAUGGCGAGUCAAAACCUGUUCUAUGGAAAAGAGAAGCUAUUUGCGAACAAUUUAGAAAAUUAUUUGAUGGAAAGCAAUACGAUUAUGAUUCAUUGGUUGUAGUCGAUAAAAAUGAAAUGUUUUUUGAUUUUACCAAGGAUAAUUAUCGUUUAUCAGAUCCAUCAAUUUUAGAAUAUCAUAUCAUUGAAAAACAGCUAUUGAUUCAAACUCAAAUACAUUUUCGAACACAAGUCUACGAAUAUCUGGCUACAUCUAAAUGUACUAUAUCAACAAUUAUUCGUCAUUUUAUUGAUAGUCAACAAUUGAGAUCGUUAUCAUCAGAUAUUAUUCUAUGUUUCUUUGAUGAAUAUGGCAAAUGUAUUGACGAUAAAAUCAUCAAUCAUUUUUGCAUAGAAGAGUCUAAGACAAUUUCAAUUUUUGUGACCGAAGAAACAUUGGAUGGUAACGCACUCUAUGAACUUGCUUGCCAAUACAAAAAAGAUGAAACCCCGAUGAUAGAUUUGUUUUCUUCAACAACAAAAUGGCAACAAAUAAAACUUUGGUUAAAAACUACAAUAGAUCCUUCUGUCGAUGACUAUGUGUUUUUUAUGAGAGAGAAGGAAAUAGUUAUUGAUGAUGAUCGAAUUCUUUCAACGACAACAACAGAAUCAAUGAUAAUCGAUGUAAUAAAUCGAAAUAGCCUGAGAAAAGUUAUUUUAACAUUCGAAACAAAUAAUCAAACUGUUGACGUGUUAAAAUCAAUGAAGAUUUCGUCGUUAUUAAAUUUAUUGGGUAUAUCUUCUGGUGAUUGUGUUCUUGUAUUGACAGGUGAAAAUGAACUUAAAUUAAUAAAAGAUGAUUUAGAAAAAUCUGUUAGUAAUUAUUCAAGCAAUGAAAAUGACGUACUUCAUUUGCAAGUAUUAAUCUCAAUUCAAAUAACAAAAUAUGAUGAUAAGGAAAACAUCAAUAUACCUUUGUCAAAUAGAAAUAUAACUAUUGAACAAUUAUUAAACUUAACUGAAAAAUCAAUCGAUGUUUACAAAUAUUUAGCAACGAAUGAUACGAAAAAAAUUAUUAAUUCUAAUGAAAAACUUUCAAAUUUAAAUCAAACUAAAUUUAUUCUUGUGCAAGAAAAUGAAACUUGUGUGGUAUCUAUUAAGAAAUCGAGUAAUAAUCUACAACAACGAUUUAUCGUUUUCGCUACACUAGCUGAUGUUUAUAAAGAAAAUAUUUUGGAUCAAUAUCUUAUGUAUUCAAAUGAUUUUGUACCAUCAAAAGAUAUUCAGUUACUAUCAUUUAAGUCAGAAUCAUCAAUUCAAUUUAUUGCUAUCGAUGAAAAUUUACCCAUUACUGUUACUGUACAAAAUGAUGAAGCGCAUAUGUCGAUUCAAUUUAAUUGUGAUCAUUCAAUUACAGUUGAACGUCUCUAUGCAAUUGCAUGUCAACUAUUUUGUUUGAACAAUGAGUAUUAUCGUUUAACUAUGGAAGACGUUGAGUCAAUCGACGGCGAUGUUUCUCUAAAAGAUAUUGAUGAAAAUAUGAGUGAAAUUAGUUUUAAAAUAGUAUCAAUAGCCUCUCAAUAUUGUUCGAUCAAGUACUUGAAUCAGAUCAUUCGAUUGCCCUGUUGCCGAGAUACAUUGGUAAUGGCCAUAGUUAAAGAAGUACUACAGAAAUUAGAUAAAUCAGUAGAUAAUGUCAAGAUAUAUGAUUUGAUAGCAUUGGAUGAUGAUCAAACAGAAAUCGAUUUCGAUUAUGUAAUAGAUGAUGUCAUUGGAUUGUUUCCAAAUGGUACAACAACAAUAUCACUGGAAUUGAAGAAGAAAAAAUGA